GUGUCUUGACUUCCUGUAUGUUUUGUCUUGAGUCUGGCUGUAAUGAACGUGAAGCUUGUCGCUUUUAUUGUGUGCCGUCGUGCUGACUUCCGGUGCCAUGCAGAUAAGAGAUUAUUAGGAGUGGAAAUGGCACUGGAUGGUUUGGAAGCCCUGAACGUUUCUGAGCAAAAUUAUACCUCAGUCUUUUAGAGACGUUUAUGUUUCAUAAAUAAGACAUUUCCCAGGAAUAAAAGCUGACAUUCUGUCUAUUCUUCAUAUCUGUUAUGAAAUGCCACUUCAAAAUGGCCCAGAAAAGCUGGAGAGUUGAGAGUAACAUGUACAUCAAUAUGAAUCUAUUAAAGUAAAUCCAGCAGUUAAGAUGGAGGAAAAGCAGUUUGAGUCUCAGAGGCAGCGCAUGGAUUCGUAUCAGCACUGGUAUUAUUCAACACAUCAGCAGAUUCAGCCAGAGCCAGUUGCUCAGUACAGCCAGAUGGUUAACGUUCCUCAUUACCAGCAUGAUGUCAGAGAGUAUAGCGUCAUGACUGAAUUAUCAGUCCAUAAAGAUCCAGCUCCGAUCAGUCAGCUUCAUCAGCUCCCUGUCCAGCCUCCAGCUCUUCCAUUAACACCUGAGAAAGGGAAGAAGCGUGGAAGACCACCCAAGCAGGAAAAAAAAGACCAAACCGACGCUGACGUCACUGUGAAAAAAGCCAAAAGAACUCUGGACAGAUUUAACGGCAUGUCUGUGGAAGAGGUCAUGGCCAAAAAACUGCCCGACGUCAUCACCUACAAUCUGGAUAUUCUGAUAAUUGGUAUCAAUCCUGGAUUGAUGUCAGCUUAUAAAGGACGACAUUACCCAAAUCCAGGAAACCAUUUCUGGAAGUGCCUGUUCUUAUCAGGGCUCACAGAUGAGCAGCUGAACUACAUGCAUGAUCAGACUCUUCCAGAAAAAUACGGCAUUGGCUUCACGAACAUGGUAGAGAGGACUACACCUGGGAGUAAAGACCUCUCAAACAAAGAGAUUCGAGAAGGAGGCAAACAACUUCUGGAAAAGCUGCAGAAAUACAGGCCACGAAUCGCAGCCUUCAAUGGGAAAUGUAUUUAUGAAACAUUCUGUAAAGAGAUUUUCGGAGUGAAAGCCAAGAACCUGGAAUUCGGACUGCAGCCCUACAAAGUUCCACAGACAGAAACGGUUUGUUACCUGAUGCCGUCGUCCAGUCCACGCUGUGCUCAGUUCCCUCGAGCUCAGGACAAAGUUCAUUUCUACAUUAAGCUGAAGGAGCUCAGGGACCAGCUGAAGGGUGUGGUGCAGAACCAGGAGCUUCAGGAGACACAGUACACGUUCGACCUGGCCAUGGCCAAAGAGGAUGCCAAAAGAAUGGCCAUCAAAGAAGAGCAGCAUGACCCUGGCUAUGAGGAAAGCUCUUCUAGUGCGACGCAACAGACGUGCAGCUUCAAUCCUGCUAAUGAACCAGGUGCUGCACAUUCGGAGCAUUGGUCAGCUAUGGGGCUGGUCGAGUCUAACCAGUGGACCAUGCAGCCAUUUGCAGACCAGAUCCCAGACAUAAGGUACUCCAGCAACAAUGAGACAUCACAGUAUUUCUGAUGUGUUAAAGCAAGUGCUCUUCUGAACUGAAAGGAAGAUCGAUUUAAAGUGGUUUUACGGUAGCUACCUGACUUUCCAGUCAUGUUUCUAUUUAUUGUGUUUUGUAGAACUUUAGGUGUAGAUCAUGUACUCCAAAGCCAGUGUUUUUUUUUGUUGUUGUUGUUGUUUUUUUAAAUCUUGCUUUAUGUCUGUAUUAUUACUUGAACAUAACAUAACUUUACAUACUGUAAAGUAAGCUGCACAUUUUUCCUACUGUGAGGAUACAGUGCUCAAGACUGGUUUAAUUCAGUUUCUGGUCCUUUUUUUUUAACCAUACACAAACUUUUUAGUAAAGCAUUUUUACCAGUUUUACUAUGUUUACUAUGCUGAGGUAAUGCUUGAUGCAUGGCUUGGUCUACUUUCAUGAUAUUUCACACUAAAUCAUACUUGUUGGUGCUUAUUUAUGAUUUCUGACCUCAACUGAAGGGUAUUUUUAUACUCUUGCACUGUUAUCAAGGAAUGUUUGCACAAACUGUGUAAAACAGGAUUCACAAACUAGACUUCAGAUGGACCACUUCAAGCAUGCAGUGCUGUGGUCCUCUCAAACAUCAGUCCUAGAACCCAGGUUCCACCUUCCUGUUCGCUAUUCUGUUUUACAGUAAAUACUGAUUGUAUUUAAUGCUCCUUACUGUUAGGAAUUUACAUGAGAAUUUGAUGUAAAUGCUUUGGGAAUUAGUUCCCCAGUGUUUUGAAUAUACAGAUGUUCAUCAAGCUAUCACUGUACAUACAUUUUUAUAUUUAUGGUGUAAUUACUUUGGUGUAAUUUUGUACCAUGACUUUUUUAAAAAGCAUACUGAAGUGUGUUUUAAUAAAAUAAAUAAUAUUCACCACCCAGUCACAGCUGGACUGCUGAAAAUGACAAAUAAAAAAAUUGUUGAACUCUCA